UGCUGUUUUGUGUUCAUGAUCUCUGUAUGGGAGAGACACGAGCGAGCGGUGAGUCAUGUGACUGCUCUGGUUCAGAGGAAUGAGUCAUUUGGUUUGUGCAGCAGGACUGCGCAGACGCAGACGGACCAGAGGAGCCGAAUCCCCGACGCUGAUUGGCCGGCGGCUCCUCUGAUGCGAUGACGACACAGGCGGAGCUGGCACUCCCGCGCUGGAGCAGCUGACGCGCAGGAGAAUCCCGUGCGCGCGCUGCUGCAAUGAGCACGAGGAGAGGAGCUUUUCAUCCGUCGAUGACGUCACUAUGAGCGGGGCAUCGGGCGUAAUGACAUCAUGAGGUUAAGCUGCGAGCGUGAAGGAGGGGAAAGUUUUCUUUGAACUUGGAUAUUUUCGGCUCCUUGCUGUUUGGAAUCAGGUGAAUUCUUACCGACUCCGUCCUCGAUAUUCUGCGGAAGGGCACUUGGUGUGUUUACGCCUGUUGGCAUGACAUAAUUUAUGUGCCUUGAUAGUAGUUUUAUGCAGUUCUGCGGAAGCAUUCGGGCCGAAAGUGGUUGUGAACUGGCAGCCGCUCUCACCUGGACCCCAAGGACCCGCCGGUGAGCAGGGUGACUUUGUGGAUCUGCGUUCAUCCGUUCGUGCAGGUAUGUUUGCGGCAGUGGAGCACGGUCCCGUCCUGUGCAGCGACUCCAACAUCCUGUGCUUGUCCUGGAAGGGUCGCGUGCCCCGGAGCGAGAAGGAGAAGCCCGUGUGCAGGAGGCGCUACUAUGAGGAAGGCUGGCUGGCCACGGGGAACGGCAGGGGCGUCGUAGGCGUGACGUUCACCUCCAGCCACUGCAGGAGAGACCGAACCACCCCACAGCGCAUCAACUUCAACCUGAGGGGACACAACAGUGAGGUGGUGUUGGUGAGAUGGAACGAACCCUUUCAGAAGCUGGCGACCUGUGACACAGACGGCGGGAUCUUUGUUUGGAUCCAGUACGAGGGCCGCUGGUCUGUAGAGCUGGUCAAUGACCGAGGAGCUCAGGUGAGUGACUUCACGUGGUCACAUGAUGGCACGCAGGCCCUGAUCUCCUACCGCGAUGGUUUUGUGCUGGUGGGGUCGGUGAGCGGUCAGCGCCACUGGUCCUCUGAAAUCAACCUGGAGAGUCAGAUCACCUGUGGGAUUUGGACCCCUGAUGACCAGCAGGUGUUAUUUGGCACGGCGGACGGGCAGGUGAUCGUCAUGGACUGUCACGGGCGGAUGUUGGCUCAUAUCCUGCUCCAUGAGGCCGAGGGCAUCGCCAGCAUGGCGUGGAAUUAUCCCAGCUUUCUCGUGGAGGACAGCAGCGAGAGCGACACAGACUCGGAUGAUUACACACCUCUGCAUGUGCACAGUCUGAAGCCGGUGUUGACGGUCUGCUUCACGUCUGGAGACAUCAGUUUGAUGAGCAACUAUGAUGACCUCUCACCUACGUUAAUACGCACUGGCCUCAAAGAUGUGGUUGUGCAGUGGUGCUCUCAGGGCGACUUGCUGGCUGUUGCUGGGAUGGAGAGACUCAUAAUGACCUCUGACCUUUCCCAAGUGACCCGAAAUGCCAUUGUAAAGUUUUACAAUGUUCAUGGUGAAAACAUUUACUCACUGGAAACACCUGCUCAGAGGCCGAUCAGUACUCUGUGCUGGGGCCACCGAGACUCGCGUCUGUUUCUUGCUUGUGGCCCGGCGCUGUACGUGCUUCGUGUCGAACACAGAGUCGCCAGCCUGCAGCUGCUCUGCCAACAGGUCAUCGCCAGUGCGGUUCAUGAGGAGAAAGACGUGGCCAAGCUCAGCAUGCCCUCUCGCCUAAGCACAUACGUGUCUUCUGCCUUUGCUCCCACCGUUAAGCCUCCCAUCCCAGAUCCCAACAACAUGCGAGACUUUGUUAGUUAUCCGACAUCAGGUAACGAACGUUUGCACUGCACCAUGAAGCGCACCGAGGACAACCCUGAGGUCGGCGGUCCGUGCUACACCUUGUAUCUGGAGUAUCUAGGCGGGCUUGUUCCUAUUCUGAAAGGCCGUAGGAUUAGCAAACUUCGCCCUGAAUUUGUCAUCAUGGACCCAAAGACUGAUGGGAAAACAGAUGAAGUCUACGGCAACAACUUCAUCCCCUCCAUGAUUGACAGCUGCAAUUGCUCAGACUCUAGUGACAUUGAGCUCAAUGAUGAUUGGGUUGGAAAGAAAUCACCAAAGAUCUCCAGAGGGAGCAAGUCUCCCAAACUUCCAAGAGACUUAGUGUGUCCCUUUACCAACAGGAUAAAUAUAGACCCCCGUAAAUCCCCCAAGCUCUCCCGCACCACACAGGAAAUAUCCCGAUCGCCACGUUUGCCCAUUCGCAAGCCCUCCAUUGGCUCUCCAAGUCUGACUCGGCGAGAGUUUCCCCUUGAUGACAUCACACAGCACAAUUAUCUCGCGCAAGUUACAUCUAACAUAUGGGGAACAAAGUUCAAAAUUGUGGGGCUUGCAGCAUUUUUGCCAACAAAUCUUGGUGCAGUUAUCUACAAGACAAGUCUGCUUCACCUCCAGCCCAGACAGAUGACCAUCUACCUCCCUGAGGUGAGGAAGAUCUCAGUGGAAUACAUUAACCUACCUAUGUUUAGUCCUAAUGUCUUCAGUGAGGAUGAGGAUGACCUGCCUGUUACAGGAGCAUCAGGAAUCACUGAUGAUAAUCCACCUUGCACUGUCAACAUACCUAUCGCCCCCAUACACAGCCCUGCCCAAGCCAUGUCCCCAACCCAAAGCAUUGGCCUAGUCCAGUCCCUACUAGCCAAUCAAAACGUCCAGUUGGAUGUAUUGUCCAAUCCAACAUCGACUGUGGCACCACCUGGGGUGUCUGACCAAGGACAGCAGGACACUGUGCUCACGGCACAGUAUACUGUUCCUGCCAGGUAUUCUAGUCCUGGCCAGGUAAUCUUUGGAGGUAUGGACGUUGGUCGGCUUUUAGUUGUGCAAUCCCAACAGCAGCAGCAGCAAUCACAGCAACAACAGCAGCAGCAGCAACAACAACAACAGCUGCAACAACAUUAUCAACAACAGCAGCUGCAGCAACAGAUUCAACAAUAUCAGCUGCAGCAGCAACAGCUGUUGCAGCAUCAGCACAUGCAGCAACAGCAGCAGCAACACAUGCAACAGCAGAUCCAACAGAUGCAGCAACAACAGCAAAUGCAGCAACAGCUUCAGCAUCAAAUCCAACAGCAGCAUCUGCAAAUGCAACUGCAGCUGCAGCACCAGCAAAUGCAGCAGCAGUUGCAACAGCAGCAUCAGAUCCAAAUCCCUGUCCCAACUUUGCCCUCAGGUCAACCGUCAUGCCCAGUAAUUCAGCUUCCGCAGAGUACUAUACCGGUCGCUCCCCCUACAUCGGAGCACAGUACAGAGCGGGGGGAGCAUGAGCUCCUGCUUAAAAUCAAAACUACUCGUUCUGCCCCACAACUGGCUGAGGGCGAUGCAGUGGUUUUUACUGCCCCUCUUGAGAUUAGCAAAAUGAACCCGCCCCCUCCUUACCCUGGCACAGUUGCUGCUGCAGUGGCAGCUGCAACAGCUGCAGGCUCGGCCGCUGCUUCUACGAGUUCCGCCUCUGGGGUAGCGGGAAGCAACACUAGCACUCCAUCCUCAGGGGAAGUUUGUCUAAAGAAAGGGGAUUUGACUCUGUAUCCACCUGGUGCGCAGGGAACUCAGUACCCAACCCCACUGGGCUACGAACGCAUCACCACAUUUGACAGCAGUGGAAAUGUGGAGGAGGUGUGCCGUCCCCGCAUGCGACUUGUUUGCAACCAGAAUGUUUACACGCUACAGGGCCCAGGAAGCUCUGCCACCCUCAGGGUCUCAUCAUCUUCCUCUGCUGUAGAGGGGAAGAAGGUGCAGCUGCCCUAUGCCUCAGCCACGUUGAACCGUCUCACUGUGCCCAGAUACUCUAUACCAAGCGGGGACCCACCACCUUACCCUGACACAGCCAAUACGGUUGGAGCAGGGCGGAACCCUGGCCAGAGACUGGACAGCAGCUUGAUUCAUGCAACCUUGAGGCGGAACAGUCGGGAAGCUGCGCUGAAGGUUUCUCAGAUGCUGGAUCCCCAGAGGACCCUUCCCUCCAAGGCCAAAGCCAAUACUUUGUCUGUUUCAUACCAGCCCAGAGGACCGACAGCUCUUUAUACUUGCAGUCAGUGCAGUAGUAAUGGUGGUAUCAGCAGUGGGGCUACCAGCAGUGGAAGUAAUGGAAUAGCUGGGGGGACGAUCAUUAGGCAAGAUUUCCCACCAACUGGGGGUGGUGCACCUCACAGCACUGUUAUAGUGCACUCCAACAGUGCCUCACCUCUGCCUUCCCAAUCCUCCUACAAUUUGCUCAGUAUGGAUGGCUCCAGUGGUGGCGGAAACAGAGACAGGGGUGACUAUAUCAACUCUGCCUUUACAGAGGAUGAGGCAUUGAAUCAGUCUCUGAGGCAAAUGGCUCUUAAUACGGAGGUAGUGAGUUUGACAGUCAAACGGCCACCUCCGUAUCAAUGGGAUCCAUCUUCUACGGAAGAGAUUUGGGUUCCUCAAGAGCGUACUGCGACUCUGCCCACCUCUGGUCCUCCUACAGCCCACAAACCUCCCCCACUCGUGCUUAGCCCUGCACAGCAUCUGGAUGUUUCCCGUCUUCCGUUUGUCCUCUCGCCUAAAUCUCCAACAAGUCCUAAUGUCACAACUUUCCAACCACCAGGAGCUUAUCAGAUUGCACUGCCCUAUCCACCAAGUGCAGCCUACAGUGGUCCCUCUCUACAGACAGUGCAAGCUUCUCCACGUCCUCCCUCUCCAAAAGAGGUGGUUCCUCCACUUUCCUUUUCCCAGCAAGACCAGGCUGUGGUCUUGCCACCUGGUUAUCCGCCAAAUUUGCCUAACCUUGCUUGCUUCCCACCAAUGUACCCUGGGACAGCUUCUUGUUCUAGUUUGCCUGUGACUCCCAUUCCUCUUCAUCCAUGGGGUUCUUACAAUCCCUGUCCACCAAUGCCAAGCCCCCCAGGUCCUGCCCCUUCCCUUCCACCAAAGACCUCCCACAUGCUGGAUAAGCCUGUUCUUUCUCCUCCCCCUCAACCACCCCCUCUUCCUUCGCCGCCUCCAGAUCUCCAGAGUGUGGUCAGCCCCCCAGAAGCUAUCGCUGAAGCUGGGGAAGGCUUUCAAGAGGUGCUCUCACUGAAUGAAAGCCCUGUUCCUCAAAGAGCAGACAGGUUUGGCAAGAAGAACCGAAAGCGGUUGGACAACAGUCGGACAGAUGAAGCUAAUGUUCCAGCAAUCGCAGAGGGAGGAAACAAGUCCAAAAAAGAGGGCCGUGCCCUUGGUGACUUCAACUCCCUUAUCUCCAGUCCAAGGUUAGGUGGACGAGACAAGAAGAAACCUAAAGGCCAGAAAGAGCAGCUGAAAGCCAAAAAGCUAAGCAAGGCCACCACCAAUGAGUUCCAGGACAGCUCAGAGAGUGAGCCAGAGCUCUUCAUCAGCGGUGAUGAGCUAAUGAACCAGAGCCAGAGUGGUAAAAAGAGUUGGAAAGGUAAAAGGAACUUGCGGGCUGGAGGCUGCGAGCUGGACGAAAUCAAAUGCCGAAAGGCUAAUGAGAAAGAGGACCGUGGCCUCGGCAGCCAAGGAUUUGUCUACAUUAUGGCCAACAAACAGCCUCUUUGGAAUGAAGCCACGCAGGUCUACCAACUGGACUUUGGAGGGAGAGUCACACAGGAAUCGGCAAAGAACUUCCAGAUUGAGCUUGAGGGGAGACAGGUGAUGCAGUUCGGAAGGAUCGAUGGGAAUGCAUACAUCCUGGACUUUCAAUACCCCUUCUCAGCUGUGCAAGCUUUUGCUGUAGCACUUGCUAAUGUCACCCAGCGCCUCAAGUGAUCGACUGGGCAUGAACACUUUAGCCAAUUAUACCAUUUCUUUCUUUGCUCUCUGUUGUUUUUUUUCCCAGUUUAAGAUGCAGUACUAAUACUUGAAAACUACAUCUGGGAAGUAAUUGCCACAUUUUCCAAGUGUUAGCGGUACUACUGGGCACUGAAAUCAAUUGCUGUACAACAUACUGUCAUUUUACUAAUUUUUUUGCAUAAGAUACUAAUGAUACUUUGAGGAGGUCAUAUCUAAACUCACUUCCAGGGACUUUACCCUUGGAGUUCAAUUGCUAGCAUCUGAUUAGAUGCUUUUUGGCUUGCAGUCAUAAAAUGUAUUUUAUUAACAAAUAGUAAGACUGAAUAUGCAGUCUGUAGCUGUACUCUCUGUUAGGAUGGACUUGCUUUGGCAGACAGAAACCGAAUAAGCUCAACGGUGAAACCAUUGAUGCUGUAUUCAUUAGCACUCUAGAUGUUUUUAGUGCAUAAUUCCUCUUGAAUGUUUUUUUGUUAAUCACUAUUUGAUCAUCUACACUUUUUUUUUUUUUUUAUUUGUACUGCCCUUCAUGUCAUUUUUAUUUUCGACACACACAUGCCCCCCCCCAAUAAUGAAGUGACUGCCCCCUGCUGACGCUUCUGUGAAGUGAUUUUGUGUAAUGGCUCUCAAGCCACAUUUAGUCCACCUCAACAUGUGCAAAACAAGCAACAGGAGAUAUUUUUCUACCGUAUUACAACAAUGUCAUUUCAUACCUGUUAUUUUUUUGAAAAUGAUGUUUGUGCGACACGUUUUGUUAUCAGUGCUAAGAAUAUCACAGUGUUAGAUGAAAUCCUGUAGUACGAAUAGAAAUUCAGCAGUAGGUUUGUGAGGAACAGCAAUGAGAAAUCUAUCAUUCAGGAGGAUUGUGAUUCUCUAUGAAUAUAUGGAGACACUUAAUGUUUUUUUAUUUGAUUUGCCUUCUAUCAAUAAAACAAGCAAGUGAUAAAGAAUACAGCAUGAAUUAACAAGUCCCAGUUCAGAAGAGAGUGAAUUUAACAGGCCGGUCAUUACAUUUCACUUCUAGUGUUUUCGAAAGAAUUAGUCAGUAUUUGUGAUCAGAAUCAACACGUUUGUGCACGUUUGUCUGUCUUAUGUCUUUUGUAAAGAGUGGUUUUGUUUUUUGGGGUUAACGUGGUGAUUAUUUUGGCCUUUCACCAGGAUUCCUUUCCCACGGUGAAUCGAGAAUUAGUUUGUACGGAAGAGUUUAUUUAUUUAUUUAUGUCUUGUUUGUUUAUUGUGCAAUAUUGUCAAGACUAAUGCUUUCUUUAACUUCUCAAGACAGCCGUUCACGAUAAACGUGUGGCGUUUAAUCCACCUUUUGUAAGUGUGAACAUUAUUUAUGUAUAAAUCGGCUUGGUGUUGUGUGUGUGUGUGUGUGUGUGUGUGUGUAUAUUACGUGGAUGAUGCUGAAUUGGUGGCGGUGGGUUUUGGUGUCAUUUGCUCAUGCGGUUUGAAGGUGAUUGUGGUUACGGUGUAGUAAAGUGACCAUGGAUGGGUUUGUCACGUGUGUUUUUGUACAGUGCAGAAUGGAAACCAGAUCAGCAGCACAACCCUUCUCACUGAGAGAAAUGCUAUUUAACUGUUACAUCACAUACUCCAUUUUACCCAUGUGUGUCUCUACUAUGUACUGAUUUGAUUGAUGGUCUGUGUUGGGUUUUAUUGUACAAUUAUGUGCUUGGUAUUCGUAGGAAUAGGUCAAAAAGAUGCUUUGGAGAUGAAGGAAAAACUGACUGAAUGUGUGCAUUGAGCGGUACAAAGGCAUGCUUGGUAAAUGAACUUGUUUUUUAAAGUAUGUGUUUGUUUUCGAAGGGUGAGCAUGGAAUGGCUUUGGGAUCGAAGACGCACGUCAUAGUUCGUUAUAAUUGCAACUCAUUUAAGAAUUCACGUUUGCUUUCGUUUGCUGAAAUGUGUGUCCAUUCUGUCUAAAAUAAAUGAAAUCACCCAUGAUGCCAUUUGAGGUUUUGAGGUGACUGCUUGGCAGGAAAGUUUCAUGUGGACUUGUUUCAGUUAUUUUUGGAAGUGUCUUUAUCUGUUUAUUUGCUCUAUAUACUGUAUAUUAAAGGGGAAUCCUUUGCUUUGCUAUAAUUCCCCCCUUUUUUGACUCUUAUUUUGUAAUCAGACUCUGGGGUUUGGGGUUAGGCGUAACUAACUUGAAGCCUAUAUGCACUAGGGUUUGCAUUGUACUGUAAUGAACAGUUUUGUUGUUCCUCAAAAGCUGAAUUGUGUCCUUUGUCGGUGUGUAGCCCAAUAAAGUGUACAGGUUGAAA